AUGGACCAACAGAACGAGCAGCAAGUCGUCAGCGUCACAGACAGAGUGCUGGGGGCACAGGUCUGGUACAAUGCAGAGCGCGGACGCAAACCACAGAGCUUCACACAAGAGCCUACCCUUGCAGAUCCCACCGACAACGGCCGCACUUGCGAUUUCUGCCAAUGGCGCACCCUCACUGCCAUAGAUAUCUUUGGCAGGAUAGAGCGGACGCAUGCAGUUUCGGCCUCAAAUCUCUUCAAGUACUGCCAGCCAUUCCACGGCCUCAUUCUGUUCAAGCACCAUCAUCCUCUGCAGUUUAACCUUCUACAGCUGUCCGAUCUGCUCCUUGUUGCCCAGGAGUGGUUUGAGCGCGGCUCAGCCACGCAGCCGUCUGCAAGGCACCCGUUCCUUCUGUGGAACUGUGGACCUCGUGCCGGAGCCAGUCAGUUUCAUGGGCAUGCCCAGGUCGCCCUCAGUCAGGUGCCCUUCCCAGGGUGUGAGGCGCUGACAGCUGCGGCGGAAAGGUACCCCGCAGCCCUGCCGGGGGCGGAUUACUACGGCGACCUAAUCCGCGCACAUCGAGCAGCCGGCCUGCUGCAUGAGCAUGCCGUUGGAGACAAGCGGGCGUGGUGCUAUGCCUCGCUGGUACCCACAAAGGACAUGGAGCUGGUGGUGCAGGGCAGCGGCUUGAGCUGCCCCUGCUUCCAAUAUCUCUUACACGCCGCCCUGAGAGCGCUCAUAGACAGGCUCGGGGUUGCCACAUUCAAUGUAGGCAUCUUCAAUAUCCGCUACGGGGCUGAUGUGAAAAGUUCCGCACCUCAUCUGGCGGCCAGCGUGCAAGCAGUAGACGGCAGUGGUGCUCCUCAACCCCCUAUUCUUGCGAGGAUUGUGUCCAGGGGAAAGACCAGCAGCCGGGCGUCGGACUAUGGGGGUUUGGAGGUGUUUGGGAAGGCCUCUAUAGGCAACACUGACCCCUACAGAGUAUUUGCUGCGCUGCAGGCUCAGCUGCAGGCCACUUUGAACUGA